UGUAUUUGCUAGCAGACUAUCUGCAGUUGGUGUUCAGACAAUAUUCAGGAAAAUAUUACCAACCUGUUGAUGAAUUAAUUCCUCAGUUAAAUUAUGUAUUUAAACCUGUUGUAUUUUGAUUCAUUCUUUUUCUCCUCUGCUAACAAGCACAUACAGUAUACUGAAGUAUUUCAACAAGGCCACCUAAUGACCGAUAAUAUUUUCAGGUCUCAAUAUCUGUACACAAUAUUGAUGUGUGCACUGUGAGUCUAACAGUAAGUGUGUUUGUGUGUAUGUGUUUCUUCCUGAUAUUAAUUAAUUAAAGCAAGCAUGAAUUUCAAAACUACAAAGCAGCAUAGCCAUCAAUCUAUUUAAUCUCAUUCAUGCAGACAAUGUCUGAAUCUUUUUGGAAAACAAUAGUGGGCUAAAUUCAUAAUUCCCUCUAAAAGACACUGGGACAAACAUGUCAUUGAUUGACAACAGACAAUAAUAACACAUGCUUACUGGCAUAAGUUAAUCAUGGCUCAUGGGGUUGAAUCUGACUCAGGCUUAACAUUCUAAAUAGCCUGAGGUUUUAUGGUGCCUAGAAAACAAUUUGAGUUACCACAAAUAAGUAAAAUAAGGUAUUAUUAUUAGCUACUUUGGCUACCUUGCAAAACCUAAAUCACAUUGUAGUCUUGUCAAAAACAAGAGCUUGUCGAACAGAACAUGCAUUAUUACUUAAUGAUUUUUAUCACACUUUUUUUAACACUUUAAAAUAAUGCUGUUACCAAAUGAGAAAAUAUGACACAAGAAGUAUCUUGUCAUAAACAUAGCUUCACAUAGACAAUACUGACCAGAGGGUUAAAUGUGUUUUCAAGCCUGUAAUUAUUAACUGACUUAAUUGCCGGUGGGGCACAGUACACAGAACACCUUGCAGUGUCUAUAAAAAGUAUGCACUAUGAAAUCUAUUCUCUAAUACACUUAUAGACAUGGAAAGCACAUCUAGGAAACUUCAGUUAAAGUCAGAGGUGGGACUGAUGGGAGGGGUGUCCCUCAUUGCAGGGGUCAUGAUUGGCUCGGGGAUCUUCAUGUCCCCACAGACUGUACUUCUGAACAUCGGGAGUCCUGGAGCUAGCUUGGUGAUCUGGGCCUGCUGUGGACUGUUGUCAAUGCUGGCAUCACUGAGUUAUGCUGAGCUAGGAACAGUGAUUCGUGAAUCUGGAGGUGAAUACAUCUACAUAAUACGCACGUCUGGCAAGCUGAUGGCCUUUAUUUUUGCCUUUACCUCUGUGCUGGUUGUGAGACCAACCAGUAUGACUGGACUGGCUCUCAGCUUAGCCCAGAAUGCUGUUGCACCGUUUUAUGAAGACUGUGAACCUCCGGAAGUGGUGCUAAAAACUGUAGCUGCUGUUAGCCUCUUAAUCUUGGUCAUAAUGAACUGUCUAAAUGUGCGCUUUUCUGUAGCUGUUACCACAGUCCUCAUGGCAGUUAAAUUCCUUGCACUGCUGGUUAUUUCCAUUGGUGGUGUGGUGUUGCUCAUUCAAGGAAACACCAUGAAUCUUCAAAAUGCAUUUGAAGGGACCAGCAAAAGUGUUGGUGUGAUUGGAAUGGCUUUUUAUCAAUGUCUGUGGUCCUACGAUGGAUGGAACAACCUGAACUCUGUGACUGAAGAGCUUAAGCGUCCUGAGGUAAAUCUCCCUCGUGCGUUAAUGAUUGCCAUCCCAAUGGUAACAAUCCUCUACCUGCUGGUCAAUGUCAGCUAUCUGGCUGCCAUGACUCCAAGAGAGAUGAUGGCAUCCAGUGCUGUAGCAGUUACUUGGGGCAAUAAGGUCAUGGGCAGUUGGGGCUGGGUGAUGUCAAUUGCAGCAGCACUGUCAUCCCUUGGCUCUCUGAAUGGAUCAUUUUUCAGUGGAGGGCGGGUUUGCUUCGUAGCUGCCCGAGAAGGUCAUAUGCCUAACAUUUUGGCCAUGGCCCAUGUGCGGCGCCUUACUCCUGCUCCAGCUCUCAUCUUUACCACCAUCAUCUCCCUCAUUGUGCUCAUUCCUGGAGAUUUUCAGGGCAUAGUCAAUUUCUUCAGCUUUACAGCUUGGUUCUUCUAUGGAGUUACGAUAGCAGGUUUACUGUACCUAAAAAUAAAAUUUCCUGAACUUCCUCGAACAUACACGGUACCCAUAUUUAUCCCUAUCUUGGUGCUGCUGGCAUCUGUGUUCCUGGUUCUUGCACCCAUCGUUGACAAACCUCAGCUUGAGUACCUGUAUGUUACAAUCUUCAUCCUAAGUGGGGCUUUGAUUUAUAUUCCAUUAAUUCACUAUAAACUGUGUCCACACCUGCUGGACAAACUCACGGUUUUCCUGCAGCUCUUCUUGGAGGUGGCACCAGCUGACAAAAAUGUGUAAAACAUACUGUUAAACUGUCAUAAACUGUGAAGCAAAGCUUUUGUUGGUCAUUAUUUAGCUCCCUUAAUGUUCCCAAGGCAAUGUUUUACCAACAGUCAGUUACAGACUAACUUUUUAUUUGUAAUCUUAUAUCUGUUAUAAGUGUAUACAUUUUAUAAUUUUCAAACAAAGAUUGCUCUUAAAUGCUAGAGCAAGCAACCUACCUGAUACUCUUUACACUAUAUUAAGAUGAACUUAACUGUUUUAUACGUUUGAGGAAAUUGGCUUAAAUUCUUUAUCCUAUUGGUUGAGCGUUGGCCAUAUUUUCAAAACAAAUAAACAUGUGGAAACAGUA